AACCCUAACCCAUCAUUUCUCUGAGGAAAAAAAAAAAAACUCUUUCAACAUAUCCCCACCACCUCGCCAGAUCUUCCCUUUUCCGUUUCGUUCCUUCCCCUCUCUUAGUAACAGUCGUUCUCGGCCGGGUCACAAAAGAACUAUUGAUUAUACAUCAAAUAAUUAAUUAGUAAUCUUUUGGUUGUUUGUUUGCGGCUUUUUAGCGGGUGUUACGUUAUAGAGAAGAGUUGGUUCAUAUCGACCAUGGGGUUCCUACACAAACUUUGGGACGAAACGCUUGCCGGGCCUAUGCCGGAAACCGGCCUCGGAAAACUACGAAAGUAUGAUUCGUUUACAGCCACAAGAUCAUCGCCUGCUCCUCAUGUUGUUGAUGCUAAGAUGAUAACUAGGAGCAUUACGAUUCUUAAGAGUAACUCUGAUUUUAGAAACCAAUCCGUGGAGCCGGGUUCGACUCCAGGUUCUCCUUCUGGGUCUAGCACUCCUGGGACACCUUUGUCACCGGGGACACCGCGUGGGGAUUUCAGGAGAUGCACGAGAAGAAAAUCGUCAGCUGAAGCACUUGAAUCCGCUGAGUCUAGAAGUCCGACUGUUUACGAUUGGAUUGUGAUAAGUGCUUUGGAUCGUUGAGAGAGGAAAUUGACGAUUUUUCUUUUGAAGAAUCAGUAUACUGAAGAAGCUUUUGUACAUAUAGAGCAACUUUGGUGGAAAUUUCAUUAUAUAUCUUAUGCACAUAUAUAUAUAUAUAUAUAUAUUGCUAAUAAGUUGGUUACAACAUUAAGAUAGAUUGGGUGAUUGAAUGAAGGAUCGCAACCGAUCGAGAAAGCAUCACUGUUUCUUGGAGUUUCCUAGAGAGGAAAGACAGACGUAGGAGAGCUGUUUUGUGCAUAAAUCUUUCUUGUUCUAGCUUAGAGAAUUUUUUCUCCCUUUCAAGUUUUUGUAAAUAUGAUUUUCUGUUUUUUUUUUUUUUUUUUUGGUCUUGGCUUUGUUAUGUACAUAUAGAUCUGUGUACAUCUGAAUCCUCUUCUAAUGAAACUUCUUAAUUUGCAGCCUGAAAAACUUUACUUUACAUUAUUGGCUUUUGCUGCCUACUUUCCUAAGUUUGUUUUCAUUUUGAGCAUUUUAACUCAUCAUUAACUGCAUACUUUUCCUUUUAUGUCUAGUCUCUUUCCCACUCUGCUAUUGCCUGAAUUGGGAAAGUGGGGACAGGAAAAAACUGAACCAGUCACUGCCACCAGUCCUCCUCCUCUCCACUAGC